UAGCCAACAGCAACAAGCUAGCAGCCGAUCGAUUCUAGCAGACAGCAGCAGACAGCAGACGCAACCUCUCAAAACUUUGAUUUUAGAAUGGCUUCGGAAUGACAGGUUGUGACGUUUCGUUUUGCGACGGUGGUUCAACAGAUUGAGUUCUGUGGUAUUCCCCAUUCCCUGUUCUAGUGACGAGUUAGUCACCCGCCUAACCUUAUUUCCAUUUGUUUGGAAAGUAAACAUGACUAUCCAGCUGUGUUUGUUCCUUCCUUAAAACCACAGGACCAUUGCAAAAGUGGCACUGAUUGAUGUAGACUGAAUCUGUCCAUUGGCUUUUUUGGUAAUCUUGUGGCAGACGCAAAAAACCACAGAGGUCUUCUUUUUGGACAAACAAAGAAAACUAGAAAUGACGGAGGAAAAUGACAAUAAUACACCAAAUGUUAAAAUUAGGGACAUUAACGAAAUGACUCAGAAGCCAGACUCAGCAUUUCAUUGCAUUUCACCUACGUUCUGCAACGAAAGCUCAGUGACCAAUGAACCGCUAAUGCAAAUGCUUCUCAAUGCCCAUUUAGCUCAAAGGACAUCAAAUUCCUCUGAGACGCUUAGGUCUGAGAAAAUAAUAGUUCCAGUGCCUCGACCUACAAUGGCUGAUCCUAAUCGAAUCUUUCUUCUGCAAGUUAAAAAGUUACAAAAGGAACCACGUCAAGAUAAUGCCCAGGAAGCUAUCUUACCAGCUCCUGAUAGUGUUGCGCAGUGCUUUAAAGAAACACUGCUUGUAAAAGAACCAGAGUCACUGCAAGAGUCACAAACUUAUAAAGUCGCGCCACAUGCUGAGAAAACACCAAAACAUUUGACACAUGUGCCAUCGUCUGUGCAGCCAAAUGAUUUGAAUGCAGGCCGAAGAAUUUUUCUUUUGCAAGUUGAAAAAUUACAAAAAGAAUCUCCACAUGGCUCCACAAAUAAAGAUCAGUUCAAAGAAAAUAUGACACCUGAUGAAAAACAUUGUGAUCCAUGUAAUGCCGCACAACCACAAGAAGCUCCAGCCUUCCCUGCUGUGUCAGGUCCUCUGUUAGAUGUGUGUCCAAAUGAAAUGCCGAUUCAAAGUGCCUCAUCCAUCAUGUCUGCAUUGAAAGAAGACUGUCCCUCAAGAGAAACUACCAGAAAUGAGGAGAAAAUCUCAAAACAAGAAACAAGUUUUUCAACUGUUAAAAAAAAUCCAAAUACUGUCUCUAAACGAGUGAAAGGUUGUGACCAAAAUAUUCAUAAAAUAAGGAGACUUCAAACUCGAGUACUCUCUCUAGAAAACUUACUGUACAAAAUCAUUGAUGAGAAGUUAGUUCCCACUGGUGUCAUACAAACCAUACGGAAAACCCUGAGAAGAGGAACUAAACUCUUUUAAAAAUCUCUAACUGACUUUUAUGAUCCCUUUU